GUACGUGCAGUACUCUGGCCCGGCGCCCGAGAGCGACGCGCACCUCAUCCCCCGCGCGGCGGGCGUGAUGACCUACGCGCGCCUGCGUGACGCCUGCCCUUGCCCCGCCUGCAUCCACCCGAGCACGCGGCAGAAGACGCACACGUCCGCGGAGGCGGCGGCGCUCGCGGCGCCCGCGGGCGACGCUGUCCUCCCUGAAACCACGAUGCACGCGGCCGCAGAGGACGGGGAGCGGGGGAUCUGCGUCCACUGGCCCACGGAGGGCGGGAGGCACUCGAGCUUCUACUCGCUCCCGCUGUUGCGGCGCCUCAAUGCGGGCCGCACGCGUGGCCAGAGCUACAUCGAGAACGAGCUGCAGCGGCGCUUGUGGACGUGCGACAGCUUGGUGCGUGAGACCGCCGAGACGCUCUGGACCGACUAUGCGGACCUGCACGCCGGCGCACCCGGCGAGAAGAUCAACCCCUCCCCGCUUGUCCUGCACGGCGUGCUAGAGCAGCUGCAGCGCUACGGGCUGGCGGUGGUGCGCGGCGUGCCGACCACCAAGACGGACAACGAGAACUGCGACCUGCGCGAGCUGGCCGAGAGCAUCGGCCUGCUGCGCACGACAUUUUACGGCGAGACGUGGGACGUCAAGAACGUCCCCAACGCCCGCAACGUCGCGUACACCAACCUCAACCUCGGGCUGCACAUGGACCUGCUAUACAUGGCGCUCCCGCCCCGCUUCCAGCUCCUCCACUGCCUGCGCAACAGGGUGUACGGCGGCGCGUCGUACUUCGUGGACUCCUUCGCGGCCGCAAAAGCCUUCGCUGAGUCCCACCCCGACCUCUACGCCGUCCUGCAGCGCAACCCGCUCGAGUACGAAUACGACAACGACGGGCAUUACCUCGCCUACCGGCAUCCGGUGGUGCCGCGGCGCAGCGUAGACAGCACGCUCAUGCACACGGCCGUGAACUGGUCCCCGCCGUUCCAGGCUGCGCCGACGCGCGUUGCCGCGCGUGUGGGCGCGGUGGACGCGCCGGCGGCCCACGACGUCGCGGGCCGCGUCGAGGCCGAGCGCGCGCUCUACGCCGCGCUCCAGGCGUUCCAGGCGGAAAUUGACAAGCCCAAGUACCGCUUCGAGUUUACGAUGCGCGAGGGCGACGUUGUGCUCUUUGAUAACCAGCGCGUGCUGCAUGCUCGCACCGCGUUCCGCGACAAGUCGCCCGCCGAGGCGCAGGCGGAUGGCACGGAGAUCGUGCAGGGCGAGCCGACGCGCUGGCUCAAGGGAUGCUACCUCGACGGAUCGACCGUGUGGGAUAAACUUGCCACCCUCCAGGACUACUACCAGGAGGCCAUUCAUGGUGUGCGCAGAAACAUCUAGUUGUCGUGUAAACUUGUACCCAUUGUCUGCAUGUCUGUCUGUGAG